UGCCGGCUCUUGAGGCAGCAACAGCGAGCUCAGCAUGCGCUUGGACAGCCCUACGCCGAUGGCCCAGCGCUUCCUCCUCCUCGCCGAGACGACGACCCUGCAUGCGGGCAGCGUGGCGAUGCUCACCUUUGGCACGCAAGACCCGUGCUACUCGCAUGGCUUGUCGAUGUGCAUGAGCCGCGACAGCACGAGCCUCGUGGCGACAACGACUCGGUGCUUCGUCGUGCUUGCCGACUCUAGCGCCACCGUUGACCAGCCGACGAUCACCUUUGGUACGCUUGCACCGUGCCGCCUUCGCGACCCUCUCGUCGACCUCGAGCAGGAUGGCUCGUAUGCGUCGAGACAAGACGAUGACCACACGCCCUGUCUGAGACCCAUGGUCACCUUUGGCACACUCGAGCCUUGUCCCUUGUACGAGCCUGCGGUCGGCUUUGGGGCAGGCACUCGUUACGUGUCGUUCCCAGCCUUUCCGCGUUCGGUGGCCGACCCGCAGACACGUGCGCCGAGCAAGCAAACGCUUACUUUUGGGACGCAAGACCCAUGCUGCCUGUGUCUUGACGGUCUGCCCAUGGGCGCCUUCCACGCCGGCAUGUCGACAGAAGGGCCAGUUACGCCAGCCGCCCCCGUCGACUCCCUCAACUUGCAGCCAGCGCACUGUCUCUCCACCGAUGACCGUCGUGACGACUCGACUCGAGCCCGGCCCAAUCACAUAAAAGCCAACGGGCCAUGGAAGCUCGCCAGUCGCGUCCUCGCAGUCGUCAAGUCUGUCAUCACGUCCUUUGAAGCUAUCCGGGCGACAACAACCAACGCUCCCCACGGUCACGGCCUCGGCACGUGGAUCGAGACGCUCUCGACGCUGCACGCUGAGCUGUCGCUGCACCCGUGGCGCUUGAGCACGUACGUACCAACGCUAGUGCUUCUCCAGACGGAGCUCAACGGCCGCACCGAGCUUUUCGAGGACGAGGCAUUGACGAUCCUCGACAACCACGCUUCGAUGCUCAAGGCCCUCCGGCGCCGCUACCCUCGCCUGCUCUUGAAGCCAACGGCUUUCUACUAG